GCAGCUACAACCACUCACCCUCAGCCCAAACACUCAGCUACCCCAAAAUGCCAAACCACUUAUGCCUCAAUAGCGUCCAAGUAUCACCCUAGCGGCCCCUGUAAAAUGCCUAAAAAUGACCACCCCAGGAAUUGCGCUAACAGCUACAGACUCUCAGACAUCGCUGUACGAAAUAAUACCAAACCCUCCGUAAAAACCCACCAAUACUCCAGCACCUCUAACCCAAAACGUGCACCCUCUCAUAGCAAUAGAAUGCCCUACAACAAACAUAGUGAACUGGCAACACCCACUCAUCCUAAUGUGAAACGACAUUUGACAAGAACCACACCCACACGUGAUACCCAUAAGUCAUAUAGUGUCAACCUUGCAAGCCCCAUGAAUCAACACAAAACUAUACACAUCAGAAACACCUCUCUUAGCAACAAUAACAGGCAUUCCUUUAUUCCUCAUCAGAAACAUACAACUUCCCCAACUAACCACAAUAGGACUAAAAUUGCCCACCGCACACAAAGAAGCCAUAAUGUUGGCCUACUUGGAAACCCACCUACUGACUCUAGGUACUAUCUAAGUCAAGCCACCCAAUACAGCGGUUUAGUCCCCCCUAAUUCGACAUACACACUAUCUCAUCCUUUUUUAUCUCUCCCCCCCUCAACAUUACUGCUAUGGGGUCUCCAAAUGUUGAGGGCGACAAUCCCACUAUUCUGAAACCAUCUAUAUACUCCGAUUUGAUGGGGAGUGGCAGAUCCUUCUCAACCUCGAUAAAUGUCUCUAGUCUUGAAAACUUCUUGACUGGACCCCCUGAUCAUUCCCCGGACACAUUACCUAACCAUUCAACUCUACCUUCCACUCUUAGACAUACUUCCUUCACCAAAACAACACCCGACUACCCUUCUCGCAUUAACCCUACUGGUAAUAAACUAAACGCUCAUCAAUAUGGAGUCGACGCUCCCAAUUCUUCCUUUUCUCGUUGCAAAACAGACAAAUCACUGGGUAUACAUCAUACCCUUCUACUAGACAAACAGUCGCCGUACCUGACACUUAUGUUAAUUAACGCUCGAUCUGUACAAAGUAAGAUGACUCACCUACGCACCCUUUUACUUUUAAACAACCCCUCACUUGUUUUGAUAACGGAAAGUUGGCUGUCCUCCGACACCACAGACACAUUUCUACAAAUAGACACAUAUGAGCUCUUCCGCUGUGAUCGAUUAACCAAGAAGGGUGGUGGUUGUCUCGUUUAUGUAUCAAAAUAUUUGAGAGCGGAAAUCUAUAGCGACCACGUCCUCAGUAAACUUCCUGAAUCGAUAUGGCUUACUGUGUACACUCAUGAAUGUAAAAUACUAAUCGGAUGCAUAUAUCGAGCUCCUAACACUCCUAGUUCAAAUGACACUAUUAUAAGUGAGUCAUUUGCUCAGGCUGCCUCGCUUGACUUCACUUACAAAAUUGUAUGUGGUGAUUUCAACCUUCCCACCAUCAACUGGAAGACACAUUCUGGCCCAUUGUGCUUAGAACGCAUACUUAGGACCUUAGACAUACACGGCUGGCAACAACAUGUACACCUGCCUACACGAAAUCACAACAUUCUUGACUUGAUAUUCUGUCAUAAUGUCACACCAACAUCAAUGGUGGUUGGCGAAAAGUUUCACAACAGCGAUCAUAAAAUAGUCCUCUGCACCCUUCCGAUUCUUGCCAUAUGCAACAAAUUAAAGACAUUAAACACGCGGUUCCAAUAUAGAGACUAUGCAAAUGCUGACUGGGAAAACUUUCGAUUUCUAAUAAAGCACUCUGACUGGGGCAGUUUCUUUACCAGUAAUAGCCUCUUAGAAACAUUAGAAAUAUUCAAUAUCACCACCAAAUCUGCACUAGACACUACUGUACCCUCUAAAAUUGGUUUUAAAACAAUUACUCCAUAUCUAAACCAAAAGACUAGGACUAAACUGCGAAAACUGAAAAGGAUGUACCAUAUAUCAAAGGACUUCAGUGCCCUGCACCAGAUAUACUCUGUACUUGACGGAGUACAAAGUCAACACAACAAGCGUAAGCAAGUAGAGGAACGUACUGCGCUCACUGCUGCAUCUAAAGCCCAAGCCCUAUGUCGUCUCCUCACGAAGCGCAUAAGAAAGGACACAGACCACAACAUUCACUCUUUACUGCACGAUGGAGUAACGUAUAAUGACCAAAGCGUCAUAUGCGAACUAUUAAGUGAAUGGUUUUCUCACAAUGGGAAUACAUCUGAUGCUCCAGACAUCGACAUAAAGUGCACCGGCAAAAACGAUCUUAGUACCAUAAACUUCGACAUUAGGAGUAUACAUACCGCCAUUAAAACCCUUAAGUCAAAUGCGAGUUCUGGUGCCGAUGACAUCCCUUCUAUCGUUUAUAAAAUGUCAGGACCGGACAUACAGAUGCUACUACUCAAAAUAUACACAUUAUCUUUAGAGACUGGUACAUAUCCGGAAACCUGGAAGGUAACGUAUGUUCUUCCCAAACACAAAUCCGGACCAAGAAACCUGGUUGAAAACUACAGACCUAUAAAUAUCACUCCAGUCAUAUCACGCAUAAUGGAAAAAGUGAUACAAAAUCAACUAUCUGAUCACCUGCUCAAGGAAGAUCUGAUAGACCCGUCACAACAUGGCUUCAUUAGAACAAGGUCGUGCAGUACAUGCCUGAUAGACUUCUUCAACGAGGUUACUCGUAUACGUGACCAGAAGAAACUAGCUAUUAUACUAUACUUCGACAUUAAGAAAGCCUUUGAUAAAGUACCUCAUAAUCUUCUAAUCAACAGACUUAAGUCAGUUGGAAUUACAAAUCCCCUUUUGCAAUGGAUCAAGUCUUUUCUUACGAACAGAUAUCAAAUAACCAAGAUUAACUCUAAUACAUCUACACCUCGACCUAUAACCAGUGGUGUAGUGCAAGGUAGUGUCUUGGGUCCAUUGCUCUUUAUAAUCUAUAUCAACAAUAUAUGCAAGUGUUUUAGCACAGGUAAGACCUACCUCUAUGCCGAUGACUUAAAAGUCAUCUAUAAAACUGACAUUUCCGAUUUACGCAGUACUAUGGAAACAAUCCAACGUGAACUCAACAUGGUAAACGACUGGUGCAAACGCUGGAGGUUAGAGCUCAACACAGAGAAAUGCGGCUGGUUAUGUAUAGGAGACACAUCUCUCAAAACGAAACUAACACUUAGCAAUCACACACUGCCCAGACUGGCAUCAGUAACUGACCUAGGGGUACAUUACUCACACAGUCUUAAUUUCUCUGAACACAUCUCAGCCAAAGCAUCCAAAAUGCGGAAAUUGCUUGGCUUCAUUCUCCGUAAUUUUUAUCAAAAUGAAUCUAAAAUCCUUCUUUACAAAGUUUGUGUAAGACCUAUCGCUGAAUACUGCUCGUUCUUAUUUUCCAACCUACGCGUAUCUGAUAUACUAAAGGUGGAAGGAAUACAACGAGACUUCACUCGCAAGGUACUUAAGACUGACUUGGUCAUUGACUAUAGUUCCCGAUGCCAAAUCUUAGGAAUAGCACCCCUUUGGAAGAGAAGGCUUAGGUCUAAUUUGAUUCUCUACUUCAAACUACUCAAAAACCUUACUUAUUCAACGUGUAAGAUAAUUCUUGCCCGAGAUUCACAUGAAUACGGACUUCGAAACAAAGUAUCUACGGUCAAAGUUGAGAAAUACAGAUCAAAAACUCGGGAAAACUUCUUCCUCACCAAGUAUGCAAUAAUAUGGAACAGUCUUCCCUCCGAAACUCGCAUGGCAGAUGAAUUACAUACGUUUGUAAAACUGCUUGAUCAAGCCCUCACCUGCACUAAUCUUGCACGUACGAACACAUCUGCACCCCACUCAAACAUCAUAGGCUCUCUCCAUGUCUAGACCAAAAUGGACUUCAAGUUCAGUUUGCCUUAUUUUUCCUACUUUGCAGUUGUAUUAAUUACUUUUUCCACCCCAUUUCUUCACUUGAAGUAGACAGGUAACUCAAUGGACCUAUCAUUACUGUUAAAAUAAACUCGGUCGAUAAGGGACACUCACUACCACCCUAAAACGUCAAGAGGACCGCACAAUCGGCUGCCUACUACCAGUGGUCUUGCAUCUAUGGAGCCUGUUACCAAUCAACUGGUUAGGACAACAGAAAAUAACAUCAGCACUAAGUCACUGUGAGUCCCUUCCUGUUUAUCCUGUAUUAACUUUUUACUCUUCAGUACACUAUGUUGACUAGCAAUUAGUAUUAUUUCUCCACUCGUUCUCAUAUCCACAACUCAUAUACUUCUAUACUUUUUCCGCCUGCUUAAAUAAACAACUAUCCUACAAUAUACCCUUCUUAACGCUUAUACUCUGAUUGGCAAACUAUACUUUAUACUAUAGUCAACAGAGGCACUGCAUCGAUGCUUUACCCACAGUCCAUAGCUUGUAACUGUCUGAUAAGCUUGUAAAAUGGUACUUAUAGAAAUAGUGCUUUCCAACAGUUUGUGAAACAGAGGAUUGUGCGAGGUAUGACGUAUAUACAAAAAUAAUGCUAAAUGAGCCUAACAUCACAAAAGGAGGGAGGGUGGAGUUACUGACCAGCAAGCAUUGAUGGUGAGGGCGAUAACUUCAAUCCACCCAUGCUUGUGGGGACAGAACAUUUUGUAUGUAUCAGGCUCCUCAUGACUGAGAAUAAUUCAAUCAAUCUGUGAUAUAGAUUGUUUUCCUACGCUCACCACUCAAACUCAUGUUUCCAAUAUUAUGCUGGAUUAGCUAUUCUACUAAGACAACCCAUAACAUGCUAACUCGAAUUUUUACACUAGGAUUAUGUGGCUGGCAUCGGAAAAACGAAAAAAUGAAAAAAAAAGUUAAACAAUAAAAGAUGUAAUCAUUAAUAUUCUUAAUACUUCACCCUCUAUAUACACACCCUUCUUAUAAACCGCUUUCCUAGUAACAGCCUUGACUUCCUUUCCUUCAUGUGAGCUUACUCCAACUUGUUAAACAUCACAACUCAUUGUUCUUUAUUAGUACAUUCUAUAAUAUGGAGCCUCUGACUUCAUUUUACUAACAAGACAUAAUAUGAAUUUAUUCUAAUUUAUUAUACCUCUGUCCGUUCUACUACACUAUGUUAAGCAACGUUUUGCGUUCAUAUCCAAGUGCCUUGCUGCUCUUCUGUUUCUCUUUUUUCUUCAGAAUCUUGCUCUGAGAGCACGGCUAUGAAACCUCUGACGUUUGGAACAAACUUGAUGUACGCGUCCUCUCAAGGUCAUAGUUUACAGCAAGCGCUCUACGAUUUCACUUUAUAACAACUAUAAACUUAAUAAGUUGGGAA